ACGUAGAGUUGGACUAAGGGAAUGCAUAUGUCAACACAAAUACUCGUGUGCUCAAUUUUACACACUUCAAUUGUUCUUCUUUUUCAGCUUUUUCUUUCUACAGUAUCACAAACUCCAACGAUGACUUCCUACCAGGCUCCGAUUAACCCGACCCGAACCCGAAUAGGAUGGAUAGGUACCGGAGUAAUGGGUGACGCCAUGGCUUCUCGCCUUCUCUCUGUUGGCUAUUCCGUCACAAUCUACGCCCGCAAUCCUUCUAAAGUUGCUCAUCUUCAAUCUCAAGGUGCUCUUCUUGCUGAUUUUCCAGCCAAUCUUUCGAGUAAUGAUGUAAUUUUCACUAUGUUGGGACACCCAUCAGAUGUUCGACAAAUUAUCUUAGAUAAUUUGGUUCCGUUUCUAAAUCAAAAUACCGUCAUUAUUGAUCAUACGAGUAGUCACCUGGUUCUUGCUAAGCAAAUUUUCUAUGCUGCCCGAGAGAGGGAUUGUUGGGCUGUUGAUGCCCCAGUUUCGGGUGGCGCUAUUGGAGCGAAGGAAGGGAAAUUGGCGAUUCUUGCUGGUGGAAAUGAGGAUGUAGUGAAGUGCUUAAUGUUGAAAGUUCAAAAUUUGAACUUUUGAAAUGAUCCGUGUAACCAACCCUAUCCACUGUAACUUCCACAACUUCCGCCCAAUUUCCGUAACUUCUCGACAACAGCUUUUGAUGGAAGAGAAGUAUAAAAGAGGAACUCUGGAUGGUCCCUAAGCACAGAAAUCUUCUAAAAAAACUCACACCAUCUAUAAUAAGAUAUUUUGAGUGCUUAAAGACUCAUCGAAAAUGGAAAACAAACUCCGACGACGCCAACACUCCGAUGAACUUCGACAAUGGUUGGAGUUAUGCAACCUGCGAAUUUCUCUGAUAUUUGUGAUAUUCCCAAAUUGAAUGGUGAGAACUAUAAGAUCUGGAAGGAGAGAAUUCUUCUUCACUUAGGGUGCAUGGACGUUGAUUAUGCUAUCAGAAAAGAUGAACCACAUAUUGAUGAAAUUAGCACUCAAGCUGAGAUUGCUCUUUAUGAACAAUGGGAGCGCUCUAACCGUUUGAGUGUUAUGUUCAUUAAGAUCAAAAUCUCUGCUGGUAUUCGUGGUUCAGUCGAACAACAUGACAAUGUCAAGGCAUUACUAAAGGCUAUUGAUAAACAAUUUGAGACUUUAGAUAAGGCACUUAUCAGUACCUUAAUUAUGAAAUUCUCAUCAAUAAGGCUCACCUUGUGAGAGGUAUGUGUGAGCACAUCAUGAAAAUGCGAGACUUAGCGGCUCAACUAAAGACUCUUGAGGUUGAAAUGUCUAAAACUUUUCUCAUGCACUAUAUUUUGAGUACUUUGUCUGCACAAUAUGGAUCUUAUAACACACAUAAAGAUAAAUGGUCUAUUAAUGAACUUAUGAUUAUGUGUGUUCAAGAGGAGGGUUGAUUGGUGAUGGAAACAGGAGAAAGUGCAUUCAUUACUACUCAAGGACAGAAGUCUCAUCAAGCCAAUAAAAAGUUGAAAGGAAAAGCUCCACUUGACUCUGACAUCAAAAAGGAAUUCAAGUGUCGCUUCUGUAGAAAGAAGGGACACAUGAAGAAAGAUUAUGUCAAGUUUCAACGAUGACUUGAGCAGAAAGGUACUUCAAUUUUUCUUGUUUGUUAUGAAGCUAAUAUGAUUGAUGUUAAUCAUAACACGUGGUGGAUUAAUUCUGCUUCUACAGUCCACAUUAUGAAUUUCUUGCGGGACUUAACAAACCGGUGGAAGCCAGUUGGAGCUAAGCGAAACAUCUAUUCAGGAAACAAAAUGCAGUCGCGUGUAGAAGCUAUUGUAACAUGCACUUUAGUUCUUAGUAGUAGUUUUAUUUUAGAGUUGGAAAAGACCUUUUAUGUUUCUAACUUUUCUAGGAAUUUAAUUUCAGUAUCAAGACUUAUACCUUUGGGAUACUCUUUCUUUCUAGAAGGUUAUUCUAAUCUAUUUUAUAAAUCUAAACUUGUUGGAUA